CAGCUGACGUGUCUUGAUAGGAGCAGCCGACAGAAAUAUCAUUUAUCUAGCGUCGUAUAGUUUUCCGUUUAUUUUCGCUAUUAGGUUAACGUUUCAACAAAUUAUAAAAUAAUGUUGGGAAAAAUAAAAACAAAGCAAGAGAAAAGUGGCGAGAUCAUAGCAUAUAGUGAAGCAGCAGUUGUAAAUAAUGCUGCUGUUGUAGAAUAUUGCAAGAUAUCAAUGGCAGCUUUGUCAGGUGGUACAGCUGGUUUGUUAGGAUUGACUGGAUUAUACGGAUUUGGAUUUUAUAUCUUUGCAGUUUUUGGGCUAUGGGCGAUGCUAUUGAUGAAAGCUGGUGGCCAAUGGAAAAAGUAUUUUAUUAGCAGACGGCAUCUUUUAACAAGCGGUUUCUUUGGGGGUCUUUGUACAUAUGUAUUAUUCUGGACAUUUUUAUAUGGAAUGGUUCAUGUCUACUAAGGAAGAAAAUAGCGGGUGGCAGCAAUUUAAUAAAACAAUUAUAUAAAUAUAUAAUAUUAUAAAGUUAGCAUGUAAUUAUAUAUUGAAAUCGUCGUAUUUACUUUAAUUUAAACAUUUCGGAUAUUCAUCACCAAAUAAACGUAUACAUUAUAUAAAUAUGUCUAUAUGUACAUAGAAUAUAAAUUAUGUAAUAAAACAGUUGCAUUUUUUAGAUAAAAAAUAGGAAGACAAUAUGAAAGGCAGAAAAGAUAUGACUGGCCACAUUCCUUAUUUGCAUAAUAAAUUAUUAAUUACAUUGAGUGAUAAUUGUUUAGUGAGAUUAUUCUGUAUAUGCAACAUUUAAAAACACAUUAAAUAAUUGA